AUGGUCUUGUAUUUCAAAGUUGAUCCUAAGAACAACUUGUACUUGUUAUGGAGCAGCAGCAUUAGAAUCGGAAACCAAAAAACAGACAAACCCUCCAUUGUAACUAUGAAUAGCGGAAGUCUGCAACCUCCAACACGAGAACCUUUAAAUUUAUCUCCAAAGUUUUCUUACAACCACAAUGAGACUCAAGAUGGAGCAGGUCAGGAGGGAUCUAAGACUAAUCCCAACAAAAGUUAUGACUUUGGUGAUGUAUUAGAUAAGUUAGACCAAACCAAAAAGCCAAAGAAAUCAAAAGCCAAUAAGAUUGACACCAAUUCGUCCAUUGCUUUAACAGAACAAUCCCUCGACAACGGUGCCGGAGAAGACCUCGAAGGAGCGGUCAACGACAUCAAUGUUGAGAAAGAUGAAGAAUUUCAAAAGUUGAAACAAGACAUACAUCAAGAAUUGGACGACUUAUUGUACAAAGCAUACAGUCAUUUUCUUCAUAACAGCGAAAUUGAAGAGCAAACGCUGGAGUUUUCGUUCCUUAUGCCUCCUAUCUUGUUGAAGGCAUUUGGAGAAGCAAACCUUACUCAACUAUUUGCCAACCGAGACAUGAUUUUGAAGAGAAGUGAGACAGAGGACGGAGUAUUUAUUUUGAGCUUAAAACAAGCAUCAUCCAUGAAUAAGCUUCAACAUGAAUUCAACACAUUCAAAGAGUACCUUGUUGAAUGUUUUGAGAGUGAAGGAUACUAUGAGUCCAACCUUAAAGAAUAG